GUCAAUGUCAGAUGAUCACUAUGGCUGGUGUUUGAUCAAUAAUCUUAAAAUUAUUCUAAUAAUAGUGAACUUUCUGUGAAAAUUAAAGAAAUAAUGUAAUAAUUGUUGGCAAGGAGUGAAAUAUGAGGUGAUUCAGCUGUGUUGAAAAGGAGGAGGUUACGGGUGUAUCGUUGCUUAGGUCUACUCUUUUGCGCCUGCUACUUUCUGCUUAACACUUGGGGUAAGUCGGCCCAAGGGACAGGUUCACUUUUAUUGACGAUGAAAUAACAUAAGUGCGACGAAGUUCGUGUCAGUCACUUUAUAUUUUAUCUAGGAUGGGGUCAUUAAACUUGGUGGUUCCACUUGUCAUGUGGGGCCGUGAGGCUCCUACGCAUGAUAUCUCCUGUGUUCUUCUCACUCAAGAUGUCCAAACAAUCAUUACUGGUUCAAGGGAUGGACAGAUAUGUGUAUGGGACUUUGAACCUCCAAAACUCAAACUGACACCUCGUUGCCUGUUGGUUGGCCACACAGCUAGUAUCACCUGCCUAGCUCCAGGAGGAGAUGCACGAGGGACCUCCUUUCUGGUCAGUUCUUCAGAAAAUGGAGAAAUGUGCACCUGGGAUUUAAGAGAUGGCCGAUGUGUGGAAGUCCUUCGUUCUGCUAAUAUCCAUUCUUCAAUGAAGGCAUAUCAGAUGUUAAAUGUUGAGAAUAUUAGGUUAUUUUGUGUGGGCAACUAUCCAGAGAUUCUAGUUUAUGAUCCACACACGUUGGACAUCCUCUUCUCUCUUGCUACUCGCAUACACCCGGAUUGGAUCUCAGCACUUCAUAUACUUAGACCCCCAAGAAGAAAUGAUGAGGUUGUGUUAGGCGUAACUACGGGAGGCUGGGUAAAAGUGUGGACUGUCAGUGAGCGUGAAGUGCGGCCUCGAGAGCCAAUAUUUGAGCACGAGUCAAAGAUGAUUAGGUCGUUGAAUGCUUUGUGUCUUGUCUGUUGUUCAUAUAAUCAGAGAACAGUUCUCAUUGUUUCACAAGAUGAUUGGCAGAUAUAUGAUGCCGGAGACUUUUCACAAUUGUGCAAAGUUUUAGUUCCACCCGGGGAAAGGUGGAUGGGUGGUGACUUCCUCUCUGCGGAUCGGGUACUAGUGUGGAAUGACAUGGGACGUGGCUACAUCUUUAAGCUACCUACUAAGUUAUUGAGGGGCAAAGCAGUUAGUUGUAUUGUUGAAAGCCGAGCGUUUCACAACAAACAAGCAGAGAAUGACAAUCCUGUUAAAUAUGGAGUUAUCCAGCCUACAACAGAAGAGAAAUUAGUCAAUGCUCCAGCAUGGCAAUUCCUAACCAUCCCUGUUAACAAUGGAGCAGAAAAACUUCUACUGCGAGGAGACUGUGAGGGCCAAGUGAUGUUGUGGCGGUUAGCAGAUGUGUCUGAUAAUCAGUUAAUGCAAAUUAAGCAGGUUCAACCCUUUAAAGCACUCAUCUUUACACCGACAUUAAAUUGUUCCAUAAUGAAAGCUUGGGCAGCAAUGACACCACCUCCAAUAGGUGUUUUAGACCAGUUGGAAGGUGAAAAACACCCUCCAAGAAUUACAGCAAGUUUAUUCUUACCGCUUCAAGGACGACUCGCAUGUGGUCGUGAUGAUGGGUCAAUUAUUCUCGUACCUGCCACAGAAACUAUUAUGCUACAUCUCUUGCAUGGCAAACAUCAUCAUUACCACAAUUGGGCUCAACCAAUGGUAUUGCGUGGCCAUCAGGGACGAGUCAAUUGUCUUUUGUAUCCUCAUGGUGAAAGUCCACGUUAUGACAUGUCUCAUUUGGUUUCUGGUGGUAUUGAUUUUUCUAUCAAUGUUUGGGACAUGUACACGGGCAAUUUGGUUCAUCGAUUUGUUGUUCAAGCUGGGCAAAUCUUGCAACUAUUAGUGCCACCACCAACAUGUAUGCCUCGCAUCCAGAAUUGCAUUUGUAGUGUAUCAGAAGAUCACAGCGUUGCGUUACUCAGCAUUAAGGAACGAAAACUUGUUUUGCUAGCAUCUAAGCACUUAUAUCCAGUGAGCACAGUGAAGUGGCGACCAGAACAUGACUUUCUUAUUGUUGCAACACAAGAUGGCUCUGUCUAUGUCUGGCAAAUGGAAACUGGUCAUCUUGACCGUGUUUUACAGGGUGUAACAGCUGAAGAAGUUUUAGGAGCUUGUGAUGAGCAUUUAGCAUCUACAGGAGCUGGUGGUAGUGGAAGUGGUGGUUCUGAUGCGGGGCUUGCUAAUCCUGCCGUCCAUUUAUUUCGUGGACUUAGACAUCGGAACUUGGCAGCCAUUAGACAUGCAGCUCAAAGAGGUAUCCAACAAGUGCUGGGUGAACAGAAUAAUCAUCAAGACAUUCAUGAUAGCUCCAAAAUGCGCACUUGUCCGUUAAUGAUACAAGGGUUACGCACAAACAAACAAGAUGCUAAUUCUCACGUCCUUUUCUUUGACAUCGAAGCCCUAAUUGUACAACUUCUUAGUGACGAGUAUACGCUUAUGUCUCCUGGGACCCUUGAAGCCAAUGAUUUGAUCAUGAGUAGCCAGUAUCACCGCAUGAAUGUCCUUACCCAUCCAGCUUCACCUGAGGCAGCAAAGAAAAUUGCAGAAUUCUUUGGGAAAGUAAAGGAUAAGGCAGGGGAAAUGGAGAAAAAAAUGAAGGAAAAAGACAAACAUGAUCUCUUAGGGCGUGCAAGGGAUCGCGCUGUCAUUAUGGAGAAGAAGCUGAGGGAACGAGAUCAACAGGGGUUGCUGUCUCGGGUCAAGGAGUCUGCUGAGAGUGUCCAGAAUCUCAUACAGAACAAAGUGGAACAGUCAGGGUUUCGUCCAACCACACUCAGUUCAUCAAAGGAUGGAACUGGCAGUGGACGUGUUCAGAUUCCACGUCAUUUUGAUGUCACGGCACAAACUUUACAAAUAGGACAAAUGUUAAUGUCCUUAUUACACUCCUGGGGUUUAGAUCCUUCAUUAGAUCAAACUUGUGAGCAUACUCUUGGCCUUUUGAGACCAAGAGUACCUGUAUCAUAUGGUCUCAUAUCAAAAUCUGGUUACAUGUCUUUACUGAUGCCUACAUGGCAUCCAGUGAGAGAGGAUGAUAUGCCUGCUAUUAAUCUUCCUCCAGAUCUUGCCGCUGAAUUACCUCCAGAAAUGGUUACACUUGAACACAGAACACAGGUAUUUACUGGCAGAGGCCAUUGGGAAGUAUCUCCAGCACUUACUACUCAUCAUUUACUGGCUUUAGUUUCUGUGGCAAAUACAUUACAAGAUAUGAAUGCUGCAACACUUAUUCCAGAAGAGGAGAGGAGGCGUAAAAUUCAUAUACAAAGUUCCAAAUCUAACCAAAAUUCAGUCAGCAAUCAUGAAGAUGAAUUUUCAAAACAACAGUCUGUGAUUAAGCAAGGUUGGUCUACAUUAACUGCUCUUCAUACAGUAUUAUUACCUGAUUGUGUAGUAGCUUCAGGGGCUACUAAAUACCAGCCUCCAAUGGUGGAAAUUCUUGCGCGUAGAUGGCAGGACCGUUGUCAGGAGGUGAGAGAAGCAGCUCAAGCCCUGUUGAAAACAGAAUUAACUCGUAUGGGUCCUGAAGGGCGACAGAAAUUAGUGGAAGUGUGGUCUCCUCACUUGCCAACGCACACUGAGCCUCUCCCAACUGGUCCUACCCCAUAUACAAACCAUGAACCUCCAAGUACUCCACGACCAGAUCAACCUUCUUCUAAGAGUACUGCUGGCAAUAGCCCAGUCCAUACAACAACAAAUGGUGGGAAUUCUGUAAGUGGAAACAUUGGUACCAACAAUGAGCGUCCAAUGGAGCCUCACCCCCACUUGGAUGAAGAUCAUUUUGAUGAAGAGAUGGAUGGGGAAACAUGUCGAGAGUUAGUUGCUCAAUCAGAAGGCAGGAAGAAGCAGGCAACUGCCAUCAUCUUGUUAGGAGUUAUUGGUGCCUAUCAUGGUCAGGAUUCUGCAGAAGGUUUUGGUCUUGGAAACCUAGCUAUGCAAACGAGCAAGGCAUUAGCAUACUUGGUGUUGGCUCCUGGAAGUCCAAAGCUACCAGCACACACUCCUCUUAGACGAGCUGCUAUUGAUCUCAUUGGACGAGGAUUUCCAGUUUGGGAACCAUAUUUGGAUGUUGCAAAGAUUCUUCUUGCUUUGCUGGACUUGUCAGCAGAGACAGAUCGUCUUGCACCAAGUAUGAAAUACGGUCUGCCGCUCAUUCCUGAAGCCGAUUCCUGCCGUACAGCUUCCAAUGCACUAACCUUGAUAGCAGAAGCAAAACCUCCAGCCUUUAUUACAACUAUGGCACGUGAAGUGGCACGGUUUAAUGCCCUUCAACAAAAUGCUCAGAGUCUACAGUUGAAUAUUCACAAUACUGUUCUCCAUCGUGCUAAGACUGAGAUUCUUCGAGUAAUGGAAUACCUUAUUGUACAUAAGAGAUGUCACAUUAUGGAUCUAAUGGUUGAGGUAAUGGAUAUUGUAUUGCAUUGUGUUGAUCCUGGUCACCUCAAGAGUCGAGGCUUGAAUGAAGUGUUCCCUUCCAUUUGUGGCUUUCCUCAAGUCUCUCAUUGUCCGCACACAAGGAGAAUUGCAACCGGAGCCAAAAAUGGCAGCAUUGCUAUGUAUGAAUUAAGAGCUUCAAAAUGUCAAAUGAUACCUGCACAUGGAACGGCAGUAACUGCCCUUUCGUUUUCUCCUGAUGGUAAAUACUUGGCUUCAUACUCAAUGGGUGAAAAUAGAUUGUCAUUUUGGCAGACGUCAUCCGGAAUGUUUGGUUUAGGAGCAUCUCAAACGAAGUGCACGAAAACUUUCUCAACGGUGCCGGUUCCUGACAUUGUGCGUAUGAAUCCUCAGCGACUUCCAAAGUUGGUGUGGAUAUCUAACAAAACUGUUGUUCAUAUGAUGGCCGAUGGUACUGAGCAUCGCUUUAAUGCAUAGUGAAGUGCAGUGUAAAUGUUAGUUGUAAAAAUGUUUUGUUUUGUAAAAAUUUUAUGAAUGUGUGAUAGAUGAUUGAUCAGGAACAGUAGUAUGUAUCAGAAAACUGAACCAGUUCUGCACAGAGUUUUUUCGUGAAGUACAAUAUACUGUACUCUGAUCUUUCCCUCAAUUACACCCAGAAUGUUUCGAGUGAUGGUCUUUAUUUUGUUAAAAUUGAGGUAAUGUUUCAUGUCCAUUUAAUAUGUUGUACAUGAGAUGAACGUUGUACUUCUGCAUGAUAAAGUUUUUAAGGUAAUCCUGUACAGACUUGGCUUAGAAACUAACUGCAACAUGCCUUAAGAAACCUCCUGUGUUGAACAGAUACAUCAUCUCUUCUGUUAUGCCCUGCUGUGUGAAAUUCUGCCAUUGUGAUAGAUCAGACUUUGAGUUUCAAAGAAUCUAGGAAGAUUUGUUUACAACCAUUAUGAAUGAUUUCUAUUCCUCUAUACUACUUAGAACAUGUUGCAAGACAUACUCACUGUUAUUACUGUGGUAAAUAAGUUGCCUUUGACAGAUGUCUCCAGGCUCACCUCAAGGUAAGGUGCUUGUAGGUAUUGUUAAGGGAAGAGUCUGCUAGGAGUUAUGAAAGAAAAAUAACCGUGUAUAGAAAUAAUGAACCGAAAAAUAGUAAAGAGAGCAAGCAUAAGGGAUUGGGAAAACUGCCUUAGUGUAUAAUUUAUUUUUAAACUGUUACAUACAAUGAAGUAGCACUACGUAUAGAGAGUAAUUUAAUUGAUUUACCCAAGUAGAUACACCAUCUCUUCUGUAAUGCCUUGCCGUGUGAAAUUCUGCCAUUAUUAAUACCUUGAGCCUUGAAAUUCCUUAUAAAGUACUAUUCUCUGGCAAGCACAGAAGAGGCUUUUGUAAUAAUUGAUGAAGCCUUUAAUGAGUUAUCAUCACUGUGGUUAUUGGAUUGAUCUGUCAUUCUGUUGUGUGCUGUGCAUCUUGACUGGAGUCAUAAUACAGUACUUAGAUAUAGUUGAUAAGCUUGGAGAGUCGAUUAGUGGAGAACAUUGUAAAUAAAGAAAACAUUAUGAAAAAUCUUCUCAUCUACUAACAGUAGACUUCUGCCAUUGCUAAAUCUGUUUCAUAUAGUCUAACUAUUUUUUUUUUUUGGUUAAAACCAUUCUAUAGUUUUUUUUAUUAGAAAAUUGCCAAAGACUUGUUUAUUCAAUCAGUAUUUUUGUUUCAGCAACUUUAAAGAUGUGAUCAUUCUUUGAAGAUGACUACACUGUGGAUAGGCCUUGUUUGAAUUCUGCAUCAUAAUAUGUAUAUUUGCAAAAAUGUUGUAGAACUACCAGAUGAAGAAAUGUUUCAAUAUAACAGUUGCUCAUAUGGAAAACUGUAUUUAAUGUUGGUUCAUAAGGAAAACAGGAAAUAUGUGAAAAUAAUUUCAAAGAAUUUGUCCAAAUUAAUUUGCCUUGUUAUGAAAACUGCUGUAAAUUUUGUCUAAUACGACUGUUGCUGUAUGUGUGUUGUUGCAGUUGACUGAUUUUUAGUGGAUACAAAUGAUGGAAUGUUCUAA